AUGGAGGGCAUGGUUUUUCACGGGCUCACUGGUUUCUAUAGGACCAGAAUUCCAAACUAUGGGAAUAGAGCUCUCAGUUCUAAGAUAGAUGAGAGUUUUGCUGUUAUUGGCAUAAAGCUAAACAUUCACUCCACCAGUGAGCUGAAAGAUAGAGGUAGAAGAGGUAAGGUUGUGGCUUUGCCAUCACUGAGUCACAAAACGGACUCCAUUCAAACAGACAGAAGUGACCUGGGUCCCAAACCUAUAGUUCCUCCUACUGAUCCAUCUGGAAAACCCAUAAUAUCUUCAGCCAGUGACUUCCAGAGUAUCCUGUCCACUGCAAAAGUCCAGACUGAUAAGGGACAUGAUGAGCUCAAGAUGGCAGGGCAGGCCUCAAGAAGUGAAAAGGAUAUGCUUGUUUUGGUAGCAGAGGCAAAAAAGAUCAAGGCAGAAUUUGAGAGCGUGAGAAAGAUGCUGAAGGAGAUUGUUGAGAAGCAGCAGAGCCAGAUCAUGGAGAGAACUUAUCAUCUUAAAGAAGGGGGACAGCUGAACAGACUGAGAUGUCUCAGUUUUAUUCAGAAGACCAAGCAGAGGGAGGAAGACCUCAGUUUAGCAAGAGCACGUCUGUACGAGCUCAAGGAGAAGAAGCUGGAGCAACUGAAAAUCACUGGGUCUCCAAUCAAGUAUAAGUAA